AUGGAGUGGGACUCCAUCUCCUCAUUCGACUCGACAGAUGACACCGAGACCGAAGCAGAUGUCCCUGGGCUAUCUGCGUCACAACAUGGUUCCUUCUUCAUCAUCCUGGUCUGGUGGUCCGUCUCAUCAGAGCCCCCCUUAUCAUGUUCCACACAGCUCCCAUCAGCUGCCACCCUCUGGGGCUCCACCACAACACCACCUGGACGCCACACAGAACCAGAGCCUGAUGGGGAAAGCGACUGUGGGGUCAAGGAGAGCUGCUCGGUGGAACUCACUAACAUCAGACCCUUCAGCUGUCAAUACAAAAGAGGUGAGCCCUCAAGACACAAGCCUGUCCUCAAGAUUAGGCUCCCCAGAGAAGCAAAGCAGAGGUCCUGGUCCCUAUUGGUCCUUGGGGUCCCAGCCCUGGUGCCACUUGCAGCAGUAUUUUGGUUGUGGGGGGGGGGGGGGGGGGGGGGGGGGGGGGGGGGGGGGGGGGGGGGGGGGGGGGGGGGGGGGGGGGGGGUGGGGGGGGUGGGGGUUUACAUGGGGGGGGGGGGGGGGGGGGGGAGGGGGGGGGGGGGGGGGACAAAAGUCUUGAAGGGGGGGAGGGAUGAGGGAAAGGAUGGGGGGGGAGUGGGGGGGGAGGUGGUUGAUAGAGGGGAUGAUGAGAGAGAUUAUUAUUAUUAG